AUUUCUAUAUGUACCUACCACAACCACCGUAAUUGUUUGCAGCUGACAUUUCCAGAGAUUUUCUUUCUUCUCUAUCUGUUUGUUUAUUUGGGGGGCUGAUUCUUAAAAUUUGUGUAGAAUUGUAUUCUCAAUCGAAGGAGGGAAACUGAUAGUUCUGGUGGAUUAUCUGUGGCUAAGUUAAAAGAAUACGUUAUGGGAGAGGAGGACCAGUCAAAUGGAAGCCUCAGAACCCAAGGAGAUGAAGCAGCCUGUUAAACAGGACAUGGAGGAUCAUGCAGCUGCAGAAGAGAAGAGUGUGAUCCCUGUGCCUGAAAAACUUACCACAGAAGAACCAGUUAAAGAGAAAAGUGCAAACAGAGAUUCUGCGCUUGCAAGAGUUGAGACUGAGAAAAGACUAGCUUUAGUUAAAGCAUGGGAGGAAAAUGAAAAGGCAAAAGUAGACAACAAGGCCCAUAAGAAGAUAUCUGCAAUUGAAUCAUGGGAUAACACCAAGAAAGCUGCUGUAGAAGCACAGCUAAGGAGCUUUGAGGAAAAACUGGAAAAGAAGAAGGCAGAGUAUGCUGAGAAAAUGAAAAAUAAAGUGGCUGAACUCCAUAAGGAAGCAGAAGAAAAAAAAGCGAUGAUAGAAGCCAAGAAAGGCGAGGAGUUUCUCAAGAUAGAGGAGACAGCAGCCAAAUAUCGUUCGACUGGAUAUACACCAAACAAGUUUCUUGCAUGUUUCAGCACUUAACAUCUUCAACUGAUAUUUAAUAGAAGAAUAUUUUUUUUGGGGUUGUUCUUUGCCUUUUCUUCUAGCUUUGCCUCUCUGUUGGCUUGUAAGUGGGAUAUUCUAAUACCGGUGUUCAUCAAUAUCUGUGUGUGUAU